GUCGCCGGCGACGGCUCCCUUUCCCCCUCCCUACGUUAUUUCCCCCCCCCGCUUUCCCUUUCCCGGGACGACGAUGCUGUGGGGAGUCUUUGCGCAGCCCGCGUGGCGCCUGAGCAAGCCGCCGUGGCCGGGCGGGUGGCGGCGGCGCUUCUGGGGGUGGCUGAACGCCGUGUUCAACAAGGUGGACUAUGAACGAAUCCAAGCCGUCGGCCCCGACAGGGCGGCUUCGGAGUGGCUGCUGCGCUGCGGCGCGCUGGUGCGCUACCGAGGUGAGAAGUGGCAGCAGGACUACAACGGUCUCCCGACGGGGCCCUUGGGGAAGUACAAGAUAGAAGCAAUCGAUGCCACCGACUCCUGCAUCAUGUACAGAGGAUUUGAUUAUUUGGAUGGCCUUGAACAUGUUGCAGAAAUCAAGCUGCAGAAGUGUAUUUAUAUACAGGAUGAGUGUCUGCAGAGGCUCAGUGAGACUAAGAAUUUACAGAAGAGUCUCCUGCAGCUGAAGAUAAUUUCCUGUGGGAAUGUCACAGAUAAAGGCAUCAUUGCACUUCACAAGCUGAUGAACCUUGAAUAUUUGUAUCUGAGUGACCUUCCUGGAAUACGAAAGAAAGAAACUACUGUUCAUAUGCUUCAGCAGGCAUUGCCAAACCUAGAGCUGGAGCUGGAUUUAGAAUAAAAGCAAUUUCAUGUAAUUGAGAGGUAUUUUAUUUCAUAGUAUUUAUCAUAUGUUGCAUAAAUUAUGUUGUAGAUACUACUACAUUUCCAGAUAUGGAAAUAAGUCUAGAUGUCUCAAUCCAGGUUUAAAAGCUGGAUGCAAUCUUUUUGACAAGUUAUACAAGCAAACAUCAUUAAGCUUGAACUAUACUGUGGAUCAACAGCAACAGAGAGUGCAGGCUUCUGUACCUAAUACAUUUUUUUUUUUUAGUUCUGGUUUUAUCAGAAAGCUGUUAAAAUAUCAAUUAUUAAGUUAAAAAGAUUGUUUUAUUGCACAGAAAUUCUUGCACAAAAUGUCAUUGAAAGGAAUGCCAGUGUUGCUAAACAACAGCACUGUACGGAUUUAUUAUGUGAUGUUGAUGCUGUCUAAAUGAGAGCUGUUCACUUGCUUUUUGAGGAACUUGCCCAAUCAAUGGGUGAAGAUCUAAUAAAAUAGCUAAAAUAGCUUAUA